AUGCUAAUUUUUUCGUCGUUUUUGCUAGUUCUUCGAAAUGACUUUCGUGCCAGUCCUAAGAGUACACGAGUCGUAGUUGGAGAAACGGUGAUGUUGGAAUGCAUACCUCCCAGAGGCCAUCCGGAACCUAAGGUGUCAUGGGAAAAAAACGGACGACUAAUAAGUGUUGGAACGGGCCGGAUUAGAAUGGUGGGUCCGGGUAAUCUUGUCCUGGAAAAUGUUCGACAAGAUGAUGAAGGACGAUACAGGUGCAAAGCGAAGAACAUGGUCGGGGUGCGCGAAUCACCUGUAGCCGUCUUAACCGUGAACGUAAAACCGUAUUUCAUUCGAGAGCCCCAGGACAUUUCAACGCUCACAGACAAAAACGUAGAAUUUGAAUGCAAAGUUGGUGGCGAUCCUCGACCAAAUGUUACUUGGCGUCGGAAGGAUGGCAACAUGCCAAAUGGAAGAGCUGAGAUGAGAGAAGAUAAGAGCCUCCGGAUCAAGCAUGUCUUUCCUACUGAUGAAGGAACCUACAUGUGUGAAGCAGAAAAUCCUGUUGGAUCUAUCUCAGCCUCAGCAACCUUGACAGUCCAUUCACGUCCGACGUUUCUAGUGAGACCCAAGAAUCAUACAGUUGGGUUGAACGGAUACGUACAGUUUGAGUGUGUUGCCACAGGAAAUCCUCCGCCAUCAAUUUUCUGGACAAAAGAGGGCAAUCAGGUCUUAAUGUUCCCUGACAACAAUUAUGGAAGAUUCUCCGUAACGCAAGAAGGUACCCUGGUGAUCUCUGGAGUUACUAAAGACGACCAGGGAUAUUAUGUAUGUUCUGCCCUUUCUAUGUUGGAAUCAGCCAUGACUAAGACCUACUUGGAAGUGGCAGCUGUAGCAGAUCUCCCGCCACCUGUCAUUGUUUUCGGUCCAACCAAUCAAACUCUUCCUCAGUACACGAUGGCGAUGUUACCAUGCGAAGCAUCAGGAACUCCCACACCACAAUUGACAUGGUUCCUUAACUCCUCACCGCUGCCAAAGAAUGACCCACGAUUUGUUGUUCUGGACACCGGAACACUGCAGAUAGACAAUUUACAGAGUUCAGAUUCUGGACUAUAUACAUGUACUGCAUCCAGUGAAAGCGGGAAAACAUCUAGAACUGCAUAUCUGUCAGUAGAGUCUUCUAGAAAUCCAAACGCCAUCUUUCAUCGGAUGCCUGAUCCAUCAACUCUUCCUGGACCACCUAGCAAGCCAACUGCUCUUAAUAUCACAGAAACUACCAUAACGCUAACGUGGCACUGGAACCCUAAAGUUGGAGAAUCUCCUUUAAUUGGUUACAAUGGCCUACAUGUUCACAUGUUGCCAGAUUUUGAUCUUGAAGAAGCUCGCCUACGCUUAAGUAUGUGUAAUGUUAGACUUCAAGACGUUAGAGCAAUUAAUUCCACAACUGUAAAAAUGGUAUGGGAGAUGCAAGGUGAUCCAAACUACGUAGAAGGAUUUUACAUCAGAUUCAGAGAUAUCAGCGACGGAUCUCGUAAGUACAAGAUCAUGACAGUAUUGACUGGUUUGGCUUCUUCAUACGUCCUCACCGGCUUGAGGAAGUUUACAAAGUACGAGUUUUUUCUUGUCCCGUUCUACAGAACUGUGGAAGGACCACCUAGCAACUCACGCCUCGUACAAACCUUAGAAGAUGUACCGUCAGCACCACCUGAUAAUUUACGUGUUCAGCUGGUUAAUAUGACAAGUGCUGCCAUCUUUUGGUCACCUCCACCACCUCAGCAUAGAAAUGGAAUAUUGGAAGGAUAUAGUAUUUAUUUGCUGAGAAACACCUCUCACAUUCACUCCAAUAUAACUACAAAUGCUACUUCAACUUCUAUUGUAAUCCGCAACCUUACUGCUGGUGCUACUUACACUGUGAAAGCUUUAGCUUUUACUUCCAUAGGACCAGGCCCCUACAGUUCCCCAUUGGCUAUAAUUAUGGAUCCAAGUUAUAUGAGAAAUCCCAGUGAAGCUGGACCAACCUCCACAUCAAUUGGUAAUUCACUUCAAGAUCUGCUUCGCCAGCCCUGGUUUAUUGCUUUGAUUGGAGGAUUAGCGUGCUUAUUGCUUUCUGUCUUCUUUGUCAUCCUAUUCUUACGCCGUCGCAUGGCCUGGAAAAAAGCCUUAGUUGCUCAUUUGGCAGUCCCAGCUCAUAAACCAGAAGAUGUCAGGACUGAUGUCAGUGCACAUGAGACCCUGUGGAUUAACCGUGCUUGGCGACCCUCACUUCACACUAAAGAACACGGCACAAGUGAAACCAAAUUACUGAAUAAAAGGGACUUCUCUUCCAGUGGCUAUAAUUAUUCAAGUGUCUAUUCCCCCUUACAAUGUAACGUGAAUGCUUCAGACUAUGCUGAAGUGGACACACACAAUAUGGCCACUUUCUACAUGAAGGAACAUCCUUCAGCUCCAGCUCCAUAUGCUACCACAACACUGAUCAAUGGGCCAGUACAGAAACACGUUAGUGCAUCACUGAAAGACAGUCAAAACAGUGGGUCAGAAGAAGCCAGUAAAAAGUCAGAAAGACUAAUGGAUGUUGAAUCUUUGAGGAACUAUGAUGAUUUUGGACUUGAUCAACUGUGGGAAUCUGAAAAAGUAGGAAGUCCUGCUAGUGACUCUGGGAGCUAUACUACAGAUGAAUGUGGUAUUCCAGUCAAAAAAAGAUUGAAACCAUUACGGCCAAUUCAGAAAACUCCAGUAGUAAACUGGGCGGAUUUGAUUCCCCCUCCUCCAGAUAAACCUCCUAGUGAAAGAGGAUCACCCCCUAGCACACCAUCUCUUCAAAAGGGGUUAUCCUCUAACAACAGGGUAAUCAAACCUCAAAGCCAUUUGCAACCAACAUCAAGAAAUCCCUAUGUUGGAAGGGGGUUUCCAUCAUCCAUGGGUAGUCACCAUAACAGUGGCUCUCCAAGAGAAACCCUUUCUUGCAGCUCUAAUGGGAAUUCAGAUAGAGCUCCAACUCCGCCAGUAAGACCAGGAGUGCGAUUCCCAGAGAUGUCUCUUCCAUUCCAACUUGCAGGUUAUUACUCCCCUAACCAUCCCCUCAACUGCUAUAAUUUGGCAAUGGAUAGAGCUGUACAGUCAUCAUUACCUUCUCUAGCUAAUGAACCCCACAAUCUCCCUCAUUCCAUGAUCCCAGUAACAGAUCACCCAUACUCUGAUGGUCAAGUAAAACUUAUAGAAAACCCGUAUCAUCCACUGAAUGAAGAAUCUGAUGCAGGAUGUGUUCCUGACUACUGUGCAGAAGAUCUGAACCUGAAACACCGGACACCAGAGUCCAGCGUUGCUGGAGAUGCUGACUAUGCUGUAAUCCCUGGUGAUUGUCCCUCAUGGAUAAGUACAACUGACCAUAGCAAUAGCUCCUGUACAAGUGCCCGCUCCAGUGGAGCUAGUUCAUCAGAUGGCUCUUUUUAUACAGAAACAGAUUUUGCCAGUGCUAUUGCACGAGCAGCCCAGAAUGCAGGCUACAGAGUCGAUGGGUCUCUGGUCACAGACCCCAACAUCUCUUCCCAAAAGAAACAUAUCCCACGACAUCAGGCCUACCGGCCUUCCAGUCCUUACAGCACUGACAGUAAUUUAAGUACCGUAAUUCAACCUCGACCACCCCAUCCAAAGUUAAAGAAGAGGAUCCAAGGUAGUCGAACAGGAUCAGGGCCUCAAAGCUCUGUCAAUACUCCAUCAAGUGCAUCAGAUCGAAUAGGAUCAUAUGAAACUUCCUUGUUGCCAAGUGGAAGGUUUCCUGCCACUGGUCAAGAGUCUAUACAAGUAGACAGUUCAACAGAUACUCUACCAAGCUAUAAUAAGCCCAAUUUUCCAUCGUGCUCAAGCCAAGGCUCCAAUUCCUCAGGUAGACGCCGGCAGAAACAAGGACUUACAUUGAAUGAAGUGCAGUUACACAUGGCACCACUGUUGCCAAGAUCUGAAAAGGAAGGAGACGGUAGUAAACAAGCUAUAAGCUUAGAAAAAUAAAAAUUACACCUGUCAUGUGGAUGUGAACUACACAGAUCCUAAGUAUACUGGGAAAUUUUGAGGUGACACCCAGGAAACCAAGGUAUUUCAAGUGUGAUCCACAAAUACUAAGAUGAUGACAGCACAAUGGUAUGUGCUAGGACACUGCUGUUGAGUGAUCCCACUACAUGAGAAGUGGUCACAAUAGCUACUCAAUAAUUCUAUUAAAAAAUCAGUGAAAUGCUAUGAAGCAUGAUACAUUGGUUCAAUAAAGAAAUGAAAACUUUUGUGCAAACUUGAAUUUUAAUGCCCAGCAGGAAGAAGCUGAUUUAAAAGGGCUAAAGUACUUGGUUUCCUCUUCUUACUCAGAAUUAUAUAAGGUUUUAGACAAUAAUUAUAAGGAAGACACAGUUAUGAUGUGCCAAAAUUAAGUGUUUGCAAUAAUCUAAAAACAAAAUGUAAUUAGUGUACCUUGUGGUAGUGCUCAAGUCUGUGCUGAUUUUCGAGGUGAACAUAAUUAGAAGUUUGGUAAAAAGUGGCAGACAAGCUUUUGAUUAGUAGAAGAAUAUUUGCAUAUCAUUAAGAGAUUAGUGAUAUUAGGUAUUGAGAAUGGUUGUUUCUCAUCACAUUAGGAAUCAGUUGAUACACCUUGUUUUAAUGUUGUGAUUACAAAAUAAGCAACCACCUGUACACAUGUAAGCAUAUCUACUUGUAAUCAGAGGAAAACUGAGGUUUCUUAUUUAUUCUAAUGUUGAUGACAUAACUGAAAAUUUGGCAGUUGAUAUUACUUGUAUGUAAUUUUGCUGAACUUGGGGGAGGUGGGGAUAUUCUUCAUUUUCAUGAUGUUUGGCAUGUUCUUAAUUAUAACUCCAACAGUUGUAUAAUAUGCACAUCAGAGGCCUUUGAAGGUUUGGUAACUUUAUCUGUUAUUAAGUGCCAUUACCCAAGAUUAUUUUGUUGUUCAUACUUUUGAAUAAAUGAUUCUGAGUGGCUUCUAAUUUGAAAAUAGUGGAAACCGUAAUUACAUCAAAAAAUAGUGGUAAAUCCAAAAUGGUUUCAUCAGAAAAAAUACAUAUAUAAAUUAGCUGAACAGUUAUGUGAAAUUUAUAAUUUCUGUAUAAUAAUUCCGUUUUGUUGCAUGCUAAAGUCAAAUCUAACAAGUCAGUUAUAUACAUGUAUAUAUAUAUGUGGGUGUGCAUGUGUAAAUUGUUUCUGGAAUAUUUGAACAACAAAACAAUAAUUAUCAGGAAAGAUCACCAUAAUAUAAGUAAUUUCCAGAAAUAAAAUGCUGCCUUUCCCAAUACCUUUUUUUCCCUUCAUCUUGUAAUUAUCUAGCUUGUAUAAUUGUGAUUAUUGAUUUAGUUAUUAAUAAUGUGUAUAGAUACAUCUCUGAUGUUCAAUUUUUUCAAGUCAUGAGUACAUUACAUAAACCUAGUUACAGGAAAAUCUGUAUAAUUGUAAAUUUUGUUGAACUUGUACUUAGGACUUGUCCUGAAAAGUGCCAAAGUUUGAGUUACGUCACAUCUUGAAGGAAUUGUGGAUGAAUAGUUGUCUUUAGUAAAAAUAACAGUUUCAUUGUUGUUCAGAUUCAGUUUUUUUACCACGUGUGGUAUUUUCAUACAAGCUACUACAGCCUCUACAGUCAUAUCUGUUACAGUCGCCUACUAUCAUACCAGUUACUACAGUUAGUUCAUUUCUGAAUCACUUUUUUAUGUUACUGUGGUUGUCCUGUGUUACCUACCAUGUAAUAAAGCCAAUACUGCCAGUUACUUUAAUAUGCUGUAUCAGUAAUUAAAAACAAAAAGGAUGACAUCUUCAUAACUUUAUAAACUGGUUAACCUUUUACAAAUUGAGCUUUAACCUGUUUUUUGCUGUGGAUUUUUAAGAAAUCUUCAUAAUCUCAAGGCUUAAUUAUUUGUAAUGCUAACUGAAAUGUCCUACUAGACAUCAGUAUGAUAAUAUAUUCAAUGAAAAAUUAUCUAUUUAUAAAAAUUUGACAUUGCAACUUCUUCAGGGCAUGUUCCCACCACACUGCAAAAUAAAUGACGAUGCUGUAAUAUUUAAACUUUAUCCUUUCCUAAACAGAACUUUCCCAUGAUAUGUGUUUCACUAGACUCUACAUCAAAGGAGACUAUAGAAAUAGUUAUUUUACUCACAAUCAUAACUUACAUCAGUACUAUUUAUAGUAGUCUGACAUUGAAUAAUGUCUUGUUCAAACACUACAGUAGACUCCACCUGUGGCUUAAAUGUAAAAUUACUGAAAAUAUAUGACAAUUAGCUAAAUAGUUAUAAAUCUUUGUGGGUCAGUGGAAACAUACUCUGUGCUCUUACUUAGGUUUAAAAAUUAUAGUAAUAGAUUUGAUCUUUGCAAGUAACCUAGAGCAGUGUUUCUCAGCUACUGAUCCACACACUAGUGCCGGUUCAUCAAAACCACCUUUCCGGUUCAUGGGAUUUCACAAAAACUGACAGAAUAUUCAUAUGUAAAUUGUAAAGAUUUUUUUCUUGUACUUGCAUUCUAAUGGUCUGCAACAGUUUAGGAAAGCUGGUCAUUACUGUUGAAAAGGUUGAGAAAUGCUGUUCUAGAGCAUUGACUCUUGAUCUAAAGAAACAGAGACUUCUUUUCUUCCACAAUUCCAUUAGAUAGCAUGGAAUUUGUUGUACUACUGGUUGUUGUAAGGUUUACCACUGUAAUGAUAUGUACAUACAUGGAGAAUGAAAUCAUUUUGUAAAAUAAAAGACUACAUUAAAAGUACAGAUUUGUAAUUGAUGUAAAAAUUAGUGUGUAUGAUGUGUAUUGUAAAGUCAUUAAAG